GCUGUCCGUGAUUAUUCUGGCCGAGGUUGUAGCGGUGGAAAAAAAAAAAAAAAAAGAAACCGUGGGGCAGAAGUAAACAUGGAGCUCUCCGCGGUCGGGGAGAGGGUUUUCGCGGCCGAGUCCAUCAUCAAGCGACGCAUAAGGAGAGGGCGGAUGGAGUAUCUGGUGAAAUGGAAAGGCUGGUCUCAGAAGUACAGCACCUGGGAGCCAGAGGAAAAUAUUUUGGACGAACGUCUGUUCGCAGCUUUCGAGGAGAGAGAGCGCGAGAGAGAAUUAUAUGGGCCGAAAAAGAGAGGACCCAAGCCAGAAACUUUCUUACUGAAGGCAAAGGCUAAAGCAAAAGCCAAAAGUGAUGAUUUCCGUAGGGAAAUGUCACGAGAGAUUCGAGUUUCGUUCCCUGUUGCAGAACCAGUUGUCACACCUCGAGCUCGAGAAGGGCUGAGAACGGUUGUACCGACUAUCUUUCCUCCAAGCGCUGUCAACAGGGGAGAAAGUGUUCGUGUUCGAUCACCAGAGCCAGAGAGAAGAUCUCGACCUUCCGUGUCUCCAACACAUAACCUUAUGGACUCAGUUAAUACACCAAAAAAGAGAGGACCAAAGCCAAAGUUGCGUUUUCCUGUUAGCACACCUAGCAGCAGCUGUUCGCCCACUGAAUCAGUCAAGAGAAGGGCAGAUGAACAGUUAUCAUUUAGUCCAACUAAAAUUUCCAGGCCUGUUCAUCAUUCGGGAGAAACAUCCAACUGCAGUGUUAUCCAUUUAACUCAGAGGUUUCAUGCAGAAAGCAGUAAGCCUCCGAAACAGCUUGGGUGUGGAUCGAGUAGUAGUGUUGCUCUUGGAGGCACUCUGCGAAAAACAGCUCAUGAUAUUUUGGGACAUGGCACAAAGCAUUUUUCAAGUGGCUCUUUAGUUCCACACACCAAGAGGAAACAUCUUUCCAAGAACAGUUUCUUUCAACCUGACGACCUGCCCGUCGACCGCCUGUCUCCAGAAUACCCCGUGCCACAGAAUCUCGGAGAUGAAGAUGAGGAAUCCUGGACCCCGUGCCUCAAGAACAUGGAGAAAAUCACUGUGACAGAUAUAACAAGCAACUCACUGACUGUAACGAUUAAGGAGAGCUCAACAGAUCAUGGCUUCUUCAAAGAACAGAGAUGACUUGUGUGUUUCUUGGUCAGCUGAUGUAAAUAAUUAUGAAAUAUUAUCUAUCCAUUAACAGUUACCUAUGUUUCUAUCAUUUGUAGACUAACUGUACAUCACGUCUUUGAAUUAUGUAAAUAUGUAACAAAAAUAGUCUGCAUAUACAUUAACAUUCAUAUUUUCUAUGAAAAUGAAGUUUAUUUUUUUACUUCCCAAGGUAUAUGUAAUGUCCAGAGAUCACUUUGUUUCGGCUUGCCCUCAUCUGUAAUGCGGGGGAGCACACACCGCAGUGGCUACGUGCGACUACGUGCAUUCUUAGAGCAGCGGGCGGCACGUGCUGUUGUUAUUUACUGCCUAGUACCCUAGUGUGUGUUUUCCCGAAUAUAGACUCUGGGCCUCUUUCAACGCACGGCACCUUUUAUUCAGGGGGACCAGUAAGUUCCUCCUGUAUUAUCCCUUCUGUCCUUUAUUGUAUUAUGUGAAUAGAGUUUGUGUAUAUUUGAAGGUCUAGCAUUGUCGUGUAUGAAAAGCACAAAGUAAAUAUAAAUAUAAAUGCUGACCAAA